AUGGUCCUCCAAGUAGACUCUGUGCCUGCCAGGGAGGCAGCGGAACUUGAGGCGCGUCUACAAGACUACUGGAACAAAGUGCCGGAGCACGAGCUACCCGUGACCGUGGCAAACUGGGAGAUCAACCAACCCAGGUUCUUCGGCGAAGCCAAGAGACUUCCGGCUCCGUGGCUUCGGAUGAUCGCGAAGAGCAGCCGAAAACUGUACUACACGGACGUCACGAGCAUGAGGAGCACCUACGACCUGACCGUCGUUUUCGGCGCUGCGAACGAAGGAGCCACUCCGAGUGUCGCAGACCCCGUGAAGCCGCUGCCCUUGGCUCACAGAAGGGCACCGAAGAGCUGCACGUCCGCGGCUUUGCCAGGUCUUGCAUCCGGAGCCCAGGGCAUGGCAGUGUACGGAAAGCGCUGUGCUAAGGCUCAGCGUCGAUACCCCAUCCGCGAGGUCUGGGGCUCUUCACAGAGGUUGCCCAAGAAGCUUACGGAAUACAUCAGUGCUGCUUGCCAAGAAUUCUCAGCGCCAAUCCGCCAGGAGGCAAUUCUGCUUCUGAAGCGCUACGUCUACCAUCAGGCCGAGAUUCCGGUCGCCAAGCCGCGGAAUCUACAGGUGGUCGCGCUGACCUGCGCGAAUCUCGCAGCGAAGUACUGGCAGCAGCGAGGCAUCCCUGAGCAACAACUGCACUGGCUCUCCUGCAAUGCCUUCACCCGCGAAGACUUCGUAGCUGCUGAGGUGGAUGUCCUCCGAGUCCUGGACUACAACGUCCACUGGGACGGGGCGCUCUUCGCCGAAUGGGUGCCUCUUCUCCUCUUCUUCUGUGAGGAUCUGCUGAAGGAGGCGUCGGACAUGGCCAUCAUCAUGGCGGUGGCGUCCCAUGUCAUCGACAUACUCGCCUUUCAGGAUGAGCUUAUGUCCGCAUACUGGCCUUCCGAGCUAGCUGCGGGCACGAUUCAGGCCACGAUCUUCUUGUGCACAAAGUCCUUCAAGGGGUACACUUUCUGCCGGCGAGUGAAUCACCUCUGCCGUGCUCAGGACUGCGAGAUCAGCGCCCUGUCGGAAAAGAUUUUGCAAGCUGCCGUCGGCAAGAAGGGGGCAGAGCUUAUCAUUGACGGCGGUGGCAGCUGCGAUCCAGAGCCUCUUUCAGCCCUGCCACCCGGUGAGUCUGACUCAGAGAAGCUCUGA